AUAUCCAAAAAAAAACACAAAAAACCCUUCCUACCAGCUGCUACCACCCCAACCCCUCUCUCCCCACAAUCCUUCACAGACAUAGGAUAUCAGGCUUUUCUGUUCCACCAGCAGCUGGUCUGGGAUAAAGCAUUCUUAGAGUUUCUCUAAUUUACAUUAGCUCCUUGUCAAGGCAGCAGAGAGACUCUCCUUUUUCAUCAUCAGAUAUGGAAAGCGCAGCACCUCUGUCCUAAGAGUGACUUUUUAAAAAACGCCCAAUUUGGUUGUAAGAGAGACGUAACAUCUGGAAUACAUCUGUCUCCUUGGGGCGUGGGAAUAAGAGAGAGUCUAAUUUCAUCGGUUCGUUGGGGGCCUAAGUUCGUUGGGGUCCAGACGGGAAUGUUGUUGCAUCCUGGUGAAGAGGAGGUAGAGGUUGCCUUACAGGAGUGUGGAUAGAGGCUUGUUAAAAAUUGUUAGAUUCUCUGACUUGUUACCAUCUUUUCAUGGGACUUCCAAGCCAGCUGGACUGGCUGUCCAAUUCCCGGGGGUCUUUCAACUCUCAGAAUGAGUGGAGAUGUCCUCUAGCUGCCCCUGACCCUGUGCCGUGCAACAGGGGCCCCGUUUAACAAAAGCGGGCAGUUUGUUGGUAACGGGCGAUGGGCAUGCAGAGAUUUGUGGCAGUGGCUGUAGCAGUGGCUUUAGUGUCACUGAUUCUCAACAACAUGGCUGCAUUCACCCCAAACUGGGUGUACCAGACGCUGGAUGAGGGACGCAAGCGCAGCGUGGGGCUGUGGAAGAUGUGCAUGGCUGGAAAAGUGGCUUCAGGAUCUAGCAAUCGACCAGGACAGGUGGAAGAACAGGAGUGCCAAUCAAUUGGCUGGGGUUCGGAGCCCUCAGGGUUACAAGAAUCCCGUCACACUGUCAAACUGCAGUUUGACAUGAUGAGGGCCUGUAACCUUAUUGCCACGGUAGCUCUUACAGCUGGCCAACUGAUUUUCCUGAUGGGCCUGGUGGGUCUACCGAUUAUCUCCAAGGAUUCCCAGUGGUGGGAAGAAGCCAUUACUGCAGUAUUCCAGUUGGCUAGUUUCGUUUUGGUCAUUGGGCUGGUGACGUUUUAUCGCAUUGGUCCUUACACCAACUUGUCCUGGUCUUGCUACUUGGACAUCAUUGCCUGUCUGCUGGCGACACUAGCAGCUGCUAUCCUCAUCUGGAACAUUCUUCACCGGCGGGAAGACUGUAUGGCACCCCGCGUCAUUGUCAUUAGCCGCACUCUUACAGCUCGGUUUCGUCGAGGGUUGGAUAAUGACUAUGUCGAGUCACCAUGCUGAUAUUGGCUUAGGACCACAAACAUUGUCAGUGGAUCAGUAUGGCCAAAAAUAUAGCUUUAUCCAUCAAGAGAAGCAAUCAAAGUCAAAUAUCAAGGGAACAUGGGGAAACAGCAAUAAGAUUUUACUAUUAAAUAUACCACUGUGUAUUAUAACAUUCUUAAUUGCGAGAGGAGAAGUUGGAAGCUGCUUUGAUGGAAUGUGCAAUGUUUUCAAACUCUUCAGUCCAAUAGGCCAAAGUUACCCAAAACAGCAAUCGCUUACAAUAUAUCUCAAUGGAGGGUUUAUGAAACAACCCAAACUGAGGAUAUUUGCAGCUUAAACAGAUUUUCACCUACAUCAAAUGCCGAGAUAAUACCAACGACAAAAUGAGUUAACCUUUGGAGCUAUCUACAUUGUUUCUGUCUGUUUGGAUACAAAAUCGUGGACAUCUUGAGGUCUUCUCUGAUUGCAUUUGGUACUUGACAUAGUCAGAGGGAAGGUAGUUAGGUUUUGUCCAUUUUUAUGUUGGGAUGGCAAACUCCACUGAGUACUCUUAGAAAUAAGGACCGAAGAAGAAAAAUACAAGACCACACCAUUGAGCGUGAAUGGCAGUUCUUCCUUCUCUUACUUAACUUAAGUGAAAAUUCAGUGUGUAAAAUGAUGUACGCAAUUCAUAUGUAAAAAUGUUACAUGGCCCUUCAACAUUCAAUCCCAAUUCAGACCAUAGGCCUGUUGAAUGCAGUCAGAACGGAGAUUAACAAUUUCUGUCAUGUUAACUUUUUUCUUUCGUGUGCAGUAUUUUUGUGUGUCCAUUCACUCCCUGCAGAUAUAAUUCUAAAGUCUAUUUAAGGUGUGUGAAUAACAAGAUUGCCUUUGAGUAGAUGCAGAUUUAAUCUACACAUUGUGCCGGUGAAAUCACCAGCAAAUGUGGAGACUAAAACAUAUAAUAACCAGACCACUGACCCAUCAUGGCGUCCUGGAAUGAAUGUGGCACAUACCAAUGUCAGGCCCCUAAAUGAUGGCUGAAGUGUUUAUAAAAUUCCUUGUGUGCAAGUUGUGGGUUGUUGCAGUGUCACUUGAAAGCAAUGGAGCCGCACAUGAGACCUCCAUCUUUCCACAACGUUAGGCACAUCGUUUGAAUUAUUUUACCAAGUUCUGUCAGUCAUGACAGGAGCACUUUAAAAAGCCGAACGUCAGCUAUUUGCACUUGUCAAGAAGACAAAUUCACUCAAAUAUUGACAAAAACCUGAGAUUUACAGUUAUGGUUAGAAGUGAUAGAAAGGAACUAUUCCCUCAGUAAACGGAGGUGAAUGUAGCUCCUAAAAAAGAGGGAAUAUUGCAAAGGCCAUAUGUGCAGAUAUUAACGAUUAUAGUACCAGAUGCAAUCUGUAUAAACAGCUGGAAACUCAGAGACCAGUGACUUGAAUGUUAAUGUUACCAAAAAUGCCCUAAAUCAGGAAUGUUCUAGUUGUUACAGAACUACAACUUCCAUGAUGCAAUUCUAACCUUAAAGUUAAUGCAGAAUUACAGCUCACAUGAUGCUGCACAGCAUCAUGGGACUUGAAGUUCUACACCAGCUGGAUCUGUCUUUUUGUCACUCCCUGCUAUAGGAAAUAUAAAAUAUUAAAACAUUACAUAGAAUUGUGUGCACUAAUAAUUCACAUAAACCUGUCUGUAGACAAAAGGACAUUGUUUACGCCAAUUUCCCUAUGUUUUUGUUCGGUUUAUCCAUGUUAACAACGUUUCACUGGAUAAAUAGAAAUAUAUUUAAAACAAAAGUAAAAGUGCACCCACUUUAUAACCAACAAUGUAUAUUAAUAUCAGAUAUCAUUAUAUUUCAAUUUUUAUAUAAUUAUUUAUCGUGUUUUUUGUAAAAUUAAAUGUAAUAAAGAAAAGCAAGUCUUAUGUGCAUGGAUUUUAAUUUAUGUGAAGAUGCUUAUGUGGUUUUCUACACCUGGGUACCACAAUGUCAUCUGUAGCGGUAUCCCAUAAUACAGUUCUGUCUCACAAGCUCAGGUACAGGGAGUGCAAAGUGUACUGAGGCUUUCAAUGCCGCCAAGCUUGGGAGGCCUGCAAACCCCUUUUGCAGCAGUGCCGCCAUGUUAAUCAGAAACUCAGCAUUCAUAUGUGCACCCGGCAUAAUUUU